CUUUUAUUUUGAAAUGUCAAUGAAAGUGCGACCCAGAAAUACGCUAGAUGCUAGGUUCAUCCAGGUCGCAGAUCCCCUCCUCGCCUUGUCCUGUAUGACUGAAGAUCCAAAGCUACUGUAUGCACAGCCGCUUUUAGGGAUUUAAUUUGUGCCAUUCCCCAUCUUGUACUUUGAACACUUCCUCCACUCUUUUCACCCUUUCUCCUAUAACUGUCACUGCAUCUCUCUUGCCUCUGCACAUUUCUCACUCUGCUUCGUCGAUUUUCCUCUCCUUUCUCCUCAUUCCGUCUUUCUCUGUCUCUCUUGUGCUCUGUCUCUUCGCUUUCUCAUUCUCUGUGGUCAUGUGUGACAACGGGGAUUACGAGGACAAACCCCCCGCCCCUCCAGUGAGGAUGAGUAGCACCAAUUUCAGCAGCAGCGGGAAGGAUCACACACUCUCAGCCAAUCACAGCUCCAAGCCCCUUCCCUCUGUGCCAGAGGAGAGGAAACGAAACAAGAUCAUCUCCAUCUUCUCCAGUGGAGAGAAAGUGGGCAGAAGAAAAGACAGAGACAAGGAGCGGCCAGAAAUUUCUCCACCGUCUGAUUUUGAACACACAAUCCAUGUUGGUUUUGAUGCAGUCACAGGGGAGUUCACAGGUAUGCCAGAGCAGUGGGCACGGCUCCUGCAGACAUCCAAUAUCACCAAGUCUGAGCAGAAGAAGAAUCCUCAAGCUGUACUUGAUGUUCUGAAGUUCUACGAUUCAACUGGCAACGGCCGCCAGAAGUACCUCAGCUUUUCAUCGGAAAAAGAUGGCUAUCCCCCAGGCCCACAGUCUCCUGUCAAGAAAGGCUCAGAACCUUUGUCAUCGAACAUCAAAGACAUUGAUAAUGGUGGUGAUGAAGAAGAAGAUGACGAUGAAGCACCUCCACCUCCACCACCCCGCCCUGAACACACCAAGAGUGUAUAUACACGAUCCGUCAUUGAUCCCCUGCCUCCACCUCCGACUGCUCCAGAUGGAGACUCUGCCUCUAAGGCCGCUGACCGACAGAAGAAGAAGGGCAAGAUGACUGAUGAAGAGAUUAUGGACAAACUAAGAACAAUAGUUAGUAUUGGAGAUCCCAAAAAGAAAUACACACGUUACGAAAAGAUUGGCCAAGGAGCUUCGGGAACAGUUUAUACAGCAAUUGAUGUUUCAACUGGAGCGGAGGUGGCCAUUAAACAGAUUAACCUCCAGAAGCAGCCCAAGAAAGAGCUGAUCAUCAAUGAGAUCCUGGUGAUGAAGGAGCUGAAAAACCCCAACAUUGUCAACUAUGUAGACAGCUUCUUAGUAGGCGAGGAGCUCUUUGUAGUGAUGGAGUAUUUGGCCGGUGGUUCUCUGACAGAUGUUGUGACGGAGACGUGUAUGGAUGAAGCUCAGAUCGCAGCUGUUUGUCGAGAGUGUUUACAAGCAUUGGAGUUCUUGCAUGCCAACCAGGUCAUCCACAGAGACAUCAAAAGUGACAACGUCCUAUUGGGGAUGGACGGCUCGGUUAAGCUGACCGAUUUUGGGUUCUGUGCCCAGAUUACUCCAGAACAGAGCAAGCGCAGCACCAUGGUGGGAACGCCCUACUGGAUGGCCCCUGAGGUUGUGACCCGGAAGGCUUAUGGGCCCAAAGUGGACAUCUGGUCCCUGGGUAUCAUGGCCAUAGAGAUGGUGGAAGGCGAGCCACCGUACCUCAAUGAGAACCCACUGAGGGCACUCUAUUUAAUCGCCACAAAUGGCACUCCGGAGCUUCAGAGUCCAGAAAAGCUGUCGCCGGUUUUCCGUGAUUUCCUGAGCCGCUGUCUGGAGAUGGACGUGGAGAAGCGAGGAGGAGGAAAAGAGCUGUUGCAGCACCCCUUCCUAAAGCUGGCUAAGCCUCUGUCUAGCCUCACGCCACUCAUCCUAGCAGCCAAGGACGCCAUGAAGAACAACCGCUAACCUUUCAGUUGAGACGGUCCCUUAGCCAUCCUGAGCUGAGCUGAGUGUUUCUCCACCUGAUGCUCCAUCCCCCCCUUUUCUUUUGCUGACGUGCCAUCAAGCAGCCAAGCCCGUGAAGCCACGCUGUCUCCAAGACCAAAAACACAAGCCCCAAUCUGCAGGGGUAGGAACUCUGGUGGCCUUAUGAACUCUUUGUUUUUUUUUGUCUUUCCCAGGGGUCAUGAACUAACCCCUACGUGAAUCAUGUCUCCAUUUUAUAUAGAUCCAUGUGUUUUCCAUUUCAAAAUAUGACGUAAAGAAGACAACAUUCAGAUGUGGGUCCAGAAACAUAUCUUGAUUUCUCCACUUCAUGCAAAAACAUCUGCUAAGUGAUUUUGUGUCCAUAAUUUCCAGAAAAAGUAGUGUUUAUGACGACACUUCCUCAUUGCCACAGUUUUAAAUCUCACCAGCCUCCCCCAGAGGAAGGCGUGCACCUUAUUUACCGAUGCCAACAGUAGCUUGUGAGUGGUAGGAUUGUCACUUGUGCCUUGUGUACUUGUUCCUACACACAAAGUAUUGUGUUCUGUACAGGAUGGAGUCCUACUUAUGUCAGUUUCUUCAUUUGCCUAAAACCUGGGAAGAUAAACUUUCAUAAGGUAAAAUUUGUUAUGUAUAUUACGAACUUAAAAAAAAAAAAAAAGGAAACGGUAGGAUACAAAUUUGGACUUUUAGACAAGCUGUCAUUUAAUAUGUAUGUUUAUAUGUAUAAACACUAUUUUGGUUUUUAAUAACUAACAUUAUAAAUAGAUCUGUUGGAAGUGUUGGUCAGGCCUGUUUUGGUGCCUUGAGUCCAGCUUUAUUCCCAUGUCAAAAAUUGUAACUGUGAAAAUAAAAUAGUGUUUCUUGUCAAAUUCA